CAGGGGUCCCACGGGCCAGCGCUGGAGCCUGGCACCCCUUCCCAGGCUGUGCCGAGCCAUGCACGUGCUGUGCGCGCUGGCGGGGCUGUCGGUCCAGGGCUGGAGCAAGGGUGGCAGCAAGAGGAGCGGGAUGCAGGCUGUGGAGAGCAUCCCUGCCCGCGGCGAGGAUGGCGAGAGCAGCAGCCUCGGGGGGUAUUUCUGCCAACCUGCGGGCACCAUGCAGAGACUGGCCUGUGGAGGAGGACGCUUCCAAAAAAUGUGCCCAGCACCAGGGAUUGCCUGGCCAGGCCCACAGGCCACGGGCAGGACACACUUGUCCCUGGGAGCAGGUCGGACACCUCUCCCCGGGUUCCUCUGCUGCCUGCACUGGUUCACCGUAAAAUCCUCAGCGUGAGCUGCCCAGACGCUGCAAACCCCCGCAGGUUUUGCCUGGCUCUCCAGGCCCUGCAGGAGAGAGCAGGCGAGUGGCGGGAGGAGAGCCAGCACCAAGCCCCACCACCGGCCACGGAGGAGCCACUGGCAUCCCCCCGUGAGCCAGCAGCUGCCAUACCAGCGCAGACAGCCCCCACCAUGAACCUGGAGAAAACAGGAGGGAGGCUGUGCAGUGGGAAACGUGCCAGCCUGCCAGUGUCCCGUCCCUUCCCGGUGAUCCAGAAGGUGAUGGCCUCCAUGGCACAUCUGCAGGAGGAGAAGCUGCGACUGCAGGAGGAGCUGCUGGGGCUGCAGGAGAAACUGGCUGCCCAGGAGAACGACGAGCUCUCCCGCUCUCUCCAGCUGCAAAGCCAGGUUGAAAGUCUGAAGGCGAAGCUCCUGGAGCAGGCACAGGAGAUCGGCCGGCUGCGCUCAGAGCUGGGGGGCACGGAUGCAGAGAAGCACCGGGACCUACUGGCAGCGGAGAAUGAGCGCUUGCGGCAGGAGAUGAAGGCGUGCGAGGGGGAGCUGCGGGAGCUGCGGCGGCAGCAGCAGGCACCGUGCCGGGACUGUGCCCACCUCCAGGAGAAUGCCGGACUGCAGGAGCGGCUCUCCCAGCUGCAGCAGGAGGCAGAGGAGGCACGGGCCAAGCUGGCGGAGCUGGACCUGGAGGUGCAGCAGAAGACAAACCGCUUGGCUGAGGUGGAGCUGCGGCUCAAGGAUUCCCUGGCCGAGAGAGCCGAGGAGGAGGAGCGGCUCAGCCGGCGGCUGCGGGACAGCCAGGAGACCAUUGCCAGCCUCAAAUCCCAGCCCCAGCAGAUAAAGUACAUCAUCAAGACGGUGGAGGUAGAGUCAGCCAAGGCAAAGCAAGCCCUGUGCGAGAGCCAGUCCCGAAACCAGUAUCUGCAGGAGCAGGUGGGGAUGCAAAGGCAGGUGCUGAAGGAGAUGGAGCAGCAGCUACAGAGCUCCCAGAAGACGGCGGCUCAGCUCCGAGCUCAGAUCAUGAUGUAUGAGGCCGAGCUGGAGCGAGCCCAUGGGCAGAUGCUGGAGGAGAUGCAGGCCAUGGAGGAGGAGAAGAACCGCGCCAUUGAAGAGGCAUUUUCUCGUGCCCAAGUAGAGAUGAAGGCAGUGCAUGAAAACCUGGCGGGUGUCCGGACCAACCUGCUGACGCUGCAGCCAGCACUGCGCACCCUCACCCAUGACUACAACAACCUGAAGCGUCAGGUCCGUGACUUCCCCCUGCUCCUUCAGGAGACCCUGCGGAGUGCCAGGGCCGAGAUCGGCCAGGCAAUCGAGGAGGUGCACAGCACCAACCGGGAGCUGCUGCGCAAGUACCGGCGGGAGCUGCAGCUCCGCAAGAAGUGCCACAACGAGCUGGUGCGGUUGAAAGGAAACAUCCGUGUUUUUGGGCGAGUCCGCCCCAUCACAAAGGAGGAUGGCGAGGGCCCGGAGGCAGCCAACGUGGUGACCUUCGAUGCCGAUGAUGACGCUGUCCUGCAUCUCCUCCACAAGGGGAAGCAGGUGUCCUUCGAACUGGAUAAGGUCUUCCCCCCACAAGCGUCCCAGGAGGAGGUGUUUCAGGAGGUUCAAGCCCUGGUCACCUCCUGCAUCGAUGGCUACAACGUCUGCAUCUUCGCCUAUGGGCAAACAGGGGCAGGAAAAACCUACACGAUGGAGGUGAAUUUGCCUGUCUUUGCUCCCCUUAUCUUCCUUGGCUUCCUACCGCAGGUCUCCCCCGCCGAAAAAAACACCAGCGAGACACUGUGCUCCCUGAAGUUUGCUGAGAGGGUUCGCUCCGUGGAGCUGGGUCCCGUCUCCCGCAAGGCUGAGCUGGCCUCCUGGCCCAGCCAGGAGCAGCUGGAGGGUGAGGCACCCUCUGGCCGAGGCCACGCGUCCCCCAGCCCCGGGCAGUUCUCCGGCCGUGCCACCUCCAUCCGCAGGAAGCUCCAGACCUCAGGGAAGCUGAGGCCAGUCCCAGUGUGACAGGUGCCAGCCCUGGCACCAAACCCACUGCAGGACCUGGCCCCUCACAGUGCUACAAGAGCCAGAGCCAGCUGCUGGAAGACACGAAGGCUUCAGUGCCAUCCCCUUGCCCACCUGGACCCACAGCCAGCAGGUGAUGGCACUGUCACCAAGAGCAGCAUGGGGCUGGGGUCUCCCAGCAGCUGGAUCCCCAUCUCAGGAUGGGGGACAGUGAUGCUGGGCAGGGAUCUUUCCCCUUAGACACUCUGACUUGUUUGCUGGACAGAUACUUUAGCCAGUGGGGGAAGCUGCUGGGUGCUCCCUCCAAUCUCUCCAGUUUUGUUUUUAUGACAGUAGAGGUGUCUAGCUGGAGGGCAUGCUUGGAGCCAGGCAAGCCCCCAGACCUGUCUCUGCUCCCCCCCCAGGGCCAGCCUGGCCGCAGAUUCCCUGAGAUUGCAUCCAGGUAGCAGCCCGAUGUCUUUCAGAGCAGCACUUCCUCAAUUUUAAGCCAGAAAAAAAAUCCCAGCAGCUGCUUUCCCUGUAGGUUUGUCAAGCCCUGUUGUUGCAUGGAGGCACCCCGGUGCCGUGCAUGAGCCGAGCUGCCCUUCACUGCGGUGCCGGUGCUGCCAGGGCCCUGUGCCAGCUGCCCCGGCACUAGGGAGAGCAGUCACGGUGCUGCCUGUGUUAUGUGGCACCCACGUGGGUUUAGUGGUCUCGAAUGAAGCUAUUGUAAAGUUAUUUACCAGUUGUCUUGUCAAGAGAGAUCACACUGUGGUCAAGAUGAAAGUGUUUGAAAUAUUUAUACCUUGUCUACAUGGUCUUGGAAUAGAAAACAAGUGGAAAACAAACAAACACUUCCAGCCCAAAAGCCUGUUGGCUUGUGUGUCAGGAGAGUGGCUGGCAGGGGAGGUGGGAGGAGACUGCCCUGGCCCCUGCACCCUCUGAGCACUCAUCCAUGGGGAUACUUCCUCCUGCUGCAAAUAACCAACUGAAUGCACUGAUGGCUCUUUCCCCCUGCAGCCCUCUCCUCUCCCACAGUAUAUUCUAUUUAAAAAAAAAAA